CUGGCCCUCCUGAUACAUACUUAAGAGACCCCGUCGAGAGGAUCUUUUCCCUAUAAAGAGAAGAUGCAAUCCGACCGCCUUUGAAAUGAUCCUCAGGACUUAUUGCGACAGGCCCUUCAGUCGCACUUCAAAAGGAAGAGUCCUGGUUUGAAAGCCGCUGCUUUUCAAAAAGGGACCCAGAAAACCAGGAGCAAGAGCGCGAAGUGGCCAAAGACUCUUACAACCGAUAAGGAACAGGAGUAGAGAGAAUCGAAGGAUUAUUGAUGAUCACUACAUCUAAACUCAUGCACCGGUAACCUGGCUGUGUAACGGGGUCAUUCCGAGCAGGAUCUUUGCGCGCUCCUCACCACUUCGCUCUCACUUUGGCACGGUUACGCACUGCGCGCCGCGCUUUACGCAGGUGUGGAUAUCUUGAAGCUCCGGUGCACACAUGGCUGCGUUAACCUUAUCCAGAGCGGACAAUUUCCUGCACAAUUUCUUACAGGAUCGUACUCCCAGCUCGUCUCCAGAAAGUGGUCCUAACACCCUUUCCUUCUUGGCCACCACAUGCAGUCAAGCUUGGCAGGAGGGGUCUCAGCUCCCUUAUGAGGGGCCGGUGGGCUCCGCAUCCAGCAUGUUUCAGCUCUGGAGCAACGACGUGGCCCCAAACUCCAGCUUGAGCGCUCACCAGAUGACCUUCACCGUGCCCAAAAUGCAGUUCCCCGGCCACAUGCAGCCCACCCUGGGCUCGCACUCCCAUCAUCACCAUCAUCACCACCAUCACCACCAUGAGCUCCCUCUCACCCCUCCAGCCGAGCCUCCAUCUGCCUACUCGUUCGACCUGUCUCCAGUAAAGAUGCUCUCCUCCCAGGCACAAGGGAACGCGCCAUACUACACGCAGCACAACGCUGUGGGUCAGAACUUUCCUAGCUUCCUUCAAAACGCUUCAGGAAGACCUCACCUGCCAGGUGGACACGUUGAGGAUGGCCAGCAGUGGUGGAGUCUCCCUCAGAGUAACAGCGCACCCUCCGGGCAUCCGUUUUCUCUGGGGCGCCAACUGGUUUUGGGCCACCAGCCUCAAAUCGCAGCUCUUCUGCAAGGAACCUCAAAAGGUCUGUUGAGCUCAACUCGCCGCUGUCGCCGGUGCAAAUGCCCCAACUGCCAGUCAACGGGAAGCGGAGGUGGUGCUCUGGAGUUUGGGAAGAAAAGACUACACAUUUGUCACAUUCCAGAUUGCGGGAAGGUUUACAAAAAAACCUCUCACCUGAAGGCGCACCUGCGCUGGCAUGCCGGCGAGCGGCCCUUCAUCUGCAACUGGCUCUUUUGCGGAAAGAGCUUCACGCGCUCAGACGAGCUGCAGAGGCAUCUUCGCACGCACACCGGGGAGAAGCGUUUCGGCUGUCAGCAGUGUGGGAAAAGGUUUAUGCGGAGCGAUCACCUCUCCAAGCAUGUGAAGACCCACCAGAGCAGGAAGAGCCGGUCCAGUCAGCCUUCGCACAGCGGGACUGAUGCACUGCUAAGCAACAUUAAGAGAGAGUAAAGGACGCUGAAUGCAGAACUCAAUAUAUCAGGAAUGAGACCUGAGGCCAUUUGCAUUAUCUAAAAUGUUUAUAUAAAAGGUGAAAUGGCUAAACAGAUAUUCCAAAAAGCAAUAGGAGCAUGGGCCUGUUGUCAAACACACACCAUGCUGCACCGAAAUUGAGACUUUAAAGAGACUAUAGAUUGAUAAGAGCUCAUAAAAGUGAUUUUUUGUGGCUCUGGAUGCAAAGACUUCUUAUGACCAAACUUUGCCCUUGCACAUUUAUUUAAAGAUUCAAUUCCACUAAAAAGAAAAUUCUCUGAACAGCACAAUCAUUUGUUCCUUGGUGAAAAUGUCAUUGUUUACAUUUUGUUGUUGCUUUCUCUAUUUUUUAGGGAAAAUUGAUGCCUUAUAUUAAAUUCAUCAAGUUGUGGUUGCAAAAUUUUCCAACAGUAUUUCCUGUCAGGUCUUGUUUUUUUGCAUAGAAUGGCACUGCUGUAAAUCUAUUCCACUCUAAAUCUAAAUCCCUAUAGUUUCAAGACAUGAACCAAAUGUAUAUAAUGUUUAUAAAGUGCACAGUUCUAUAAAGACCAGCAUGUGAAAUAUUAAUAAACACGAAUAACUGUGC